AUGUCCGAUCCUGUUUUAUUGGGGGCAUUAUUAGGGUACCUCUCUUACUGGGACUGGUGUUGCCUGUACGGUGUGACAAAAAGAGUAAGAGCACUGUUCGAGCACAACGGGGAGAAAGCCAAACUGCUGAAGGAAGAAGUACUCGAAAGAUUUCUCAGGACAGUUGCAUACACUCGAUGGGGAGGGGACAGGGAACCAUUGGUUCUUUCACUGAGGGUAUGUCCGUAUUCUACUCAAAGUUUGAUAUAUUCACAAUUGUUUCAGGACUUGCACUCUUACUUGCAUGGUGUCACUCUACCUACAUUCGAGUAUGCGCGCGUCGCGGAACUUUAUCUGCAACAACGCAACAUUAUUCCUUCUUUACGGGAUCCCUCUAUAUCAGAUAAGGCACGGAUGAUGGUCAACGCGACGCGUGCAUAUAAUCGCGUUGUGCUGAGAUUGAGGGCUCAGGCGGAAUUAAUGGCAUCAAGCCCGAAUUUGAGUAAUUCGAAUUUGGCUCAUCCGAUUGGAUACGUUGCCUCCCCUCGCUCACUGCCUAGUAACUCGCGCUCUGUGAGUCGGGCGCCCUCACCUAGUUCUUCCUUCACCCAUGGCCGUUCCGUCGCUCAUGGUUAUGGUAGUCAGAACGGCCACGAUGGACCUGGAGCGUCAAAUCCUAAUGUAUAUAUGAAUUCCUUGACGGGAUUCAGAUCGCCUUUAUUCCGCACUGGUCGCGCCCCGCUUUUACGUGUGUUCAUUCCUUCGCCUGAGGGAGACUGGUUAUCAGAUGCCAGCGUGCUAGAAUGUGAGGCUGAGCUAAAGAGAGCAGGGCUUUUGCCAGACAAAGACAAAAGGGGUAGUGAGAACAAAGGAAUCAAUUUGUUGAGACUGGGCGAUGUCGUGUGGGAUAUGGCCGUAGGAGACGAUGGGAAUGCCGGAAGGAUGGUUUGGGAUGGAAGUUACCUUAUCGACCUUGACUACACAUACUCACCAAUCGGUGAUCUGCCUAAGUACAUCCCGGGUUUCGCCUUUCCCCCGUCAUACUUUCAUCGGAUCAUUCGUACUGCUUCGAGCAACCCAGUUAUUAGAUUAGAUAUACGUCCUUGGGGAGCACAAGUUGCGAGCAACUUGCAGCUGCUACAGGAAAGAGCAAGGACCGAAACUCCACAAGGUUCCUAUCAUAAUGUCGUUCGAUGGGUGCAUCGGUCUUCAUUUAACAUUCGACCUCCGACCAUGCGGCCACAAAGUCGCGGUCGAACUUCCGUCGAUUCACAUUCAGCUAUACAAUCACGCAUUCCUAUACCAAACACCACUCUCUUUGUUGACCCCGGCUGGUACGGCAAGGUUGUUGUUGAGACUGAAGGCACGAACGAAGCUCUGGCCGAUUUACAGGAUAGAUGUGGGCCUGGGGUGUUUCCACCGAGAGCGGGAGGUAGAGUGCCAAACAUGAAUACUCCUAACGACAAAGAAAAGGAGGAAGCAAAAAUGGUCUGGAGAAUAAUGAGAGAACGAAGUCGUCCAGGCGAAAUAUGGAUUCGAGUUGUUAACUCGAAAGAAAAGUUGAUGUAA